AUGGACCAUAGAAAUGCAAAGAGAGCUUCUGUGAGGACCGUCGGUGGACAGAGAGUUGGCGGUAAGACUGCAGGCACAAUUACACCAAAUCGCCCGGUUGAAACAUGUGAGUCUAUGGCUUCGGGGGGACUAGAUCCCAAUGAGUACUUCAAGAGACACUGUGGUGGACGAUCAACCCCAACAGUUUUGAAAGAAAUUGUUGUUGCUUUGAAGAUUGAAUCACCUGAUUCAUCAGGUGGUGUAAACUCUUAUGCUUCGAUUGCAGCACAGUUUAAGAGACCAGGACCAGAGAUCUUCACUAUAAUUGCUACUAUAAACAGCUUCAGAGCAGAGAGUUUACAAGUUCAGGCCAUGAUCACAGCCAUGAAGCUUGAGUUCAUUGAGCUUUUCAAAUGUAAGUAUGCAGCGAGAAACAUUUCCAAAGGUGUGUUCCUAUUACCACUCACUCUGCUUAUCAUUGUGGUGCUCCUUCCUCUGAUCAUGAAGUUAAAUAAAUCAUCUUCUAAGAUAUAUGCCAGCAGUUUGGAAACCACAGAAACAAGGAGAUGCAACAUAUUCUCUGGAAACUGGGUUCCUUAUCCCAAAGGACCUUACUAUGAUAAUGGAACCUGCCCUUUCAUAUCUGACAAGCAGAACUGUUUCAUUCAUGGUAGACCUGACAGAGACUUCCUCAAAUGGAGAUGGAAACCUCAUGAAUGUGAACUUCCGCUAUUUGAUGCAUCUCUAUUCUUGAAGCUUGUUCGGGGAAAGUCAAUGGCCUUUGUUGGGGACUCAGUUGGGAGAAAUCAGAUGGAAUCAUUGUUGUGCCUCUUAAACAGUGUUACUCAUCCUGAGGAUAUUACAGCCAGAUAUACAUCGAAGGCCGACAUAUAUUUCAAAUGGUGGUUAUAUGCUGAUUAUAAUUUUACUCUUACAUUAUUGUGGUCUCCUUUUCUAGUAAAUUCCACUAAAACUUAUCUAAAUGAUAGUUCCUUCUACAACUCCGAGAACCUUUAUCUAGACGAGGCAGAUAAAGCUUGGACUAGUCAAAUUGAAAAUUUUGACUACGUAAUUUUCUCUGGGGGACAGUGGUUCUUCCGACCAUUAACAUUCUACGAAAAUGGUGAAGUUGUUGGAUGUCAAAAGUGCCCCAACAUGACAGAGCUUGACUUCUAUGGAUACAGGAAUGCAUUUCGAACAGCUUUGAGAACAAUUGGAAAUCUUAAAGGGUUCAAGGGGUUGACAUUUUUGGUGACACAUUCUCCAAACCACUUUGAGAAUGGGGUGUGGAAUAAAGGUGGGGGUUGUAAUAGAACACAGCCCGUUACAAGUAUGGAAGAAAAAACAAAGGUGCAUCCAUAUGGUUUAGAAAAAUUACAUGAGAUACAAAAGGAGGAAUUUACAGAAGCAGAGAAGGAAGCGAGAAAGAAGGGUUUGCACUUUGGUUUGAUAGAUAUAACAGAUGCAAUGCUGAUGAGGCCCGAUGGACAUCCUCAUAAAUAUGGUCAUUCGUUAGAUAAAAAUGUGAGCGUCAACGACUGUGUUCACUGGUGCAUGCCAGGCCCUAUUGAUACAUGGAAUGAGUUUUUACUCUACAUGAUGAAAACGGAAAGGUAAUAAUUAAUCUUCUCAGUUUAACUUCAAAAUGUAUUAUAGUUACGUAGUGUGAUCUGUAUUUUGAAUUGUUUGGGAUGAUUUUGACUCCA